AUGCUUCUGGCACCUUCCCUCCGGCCGACGGGAGCCUUUCCUGUGCGCCUGAUCCCUUGCACCGCUUCAUUCACGACGUCGGCACGUCCAACCAAGAUUCAACGCACACAGCAACCGUUAUUUGCAUCCGCCGCUUUCCCGGUCGUUCGAUUUGCUCGAUUUGCAUCCACUGCAAACGCGACCUCCCCUUCACCGAACGCCCCGUCCCCAAGCGCAACAUCAUCAUCCCUCACCUGGAACCGCUUCCUGACUCUGCGCCGCACUCGCAGGAAGAUUAGCGUUGUUGCUUCAAGCAUCAGCUCGGUCGCCACAGCAUACGUGGGAUUGCGGUCUUUCCUUCAGGCGGGAUAUGAUACCGCUCUCAGCACGAGCCUUGGUCUGGAUCCUAUCCUGACCACCGGUCUGAGUACAAUUGCGUUCCUGGCUGUUGGCUGGUUGAUUGGGCCUUUCUUUGGAAAUGCGGCGUUCAAUAUGAGAUAUUCGUCAAUUAGGAAGGAGUUUCAAGAUGCAAAGCGCGAAUUCUACAAUCGCAUCAAACGCCACCGCGUCGACCCCACCUCUUCCUCCAUGGCUAAUCCCGUCCCCGACUAUUACGGCGAGAAGAUUGGCAGUGUGGCAGACUAUCGCCGCUGGCUGAAGGACCAGCGUGCCUUCAAUCUGAAAAGAGGCGCAUAUCUCGGUACUAAGUAA